GCCACUCUUGUAUAUAGUUUUAUUAUCAUGUAAUCUAGUUCUUAUAACCACAUGAGGAUAGGUUAUUAACACAGCAAUUGCUAUAUAAUAUAGAUUAUAAGAAUGAUUACAUUUUGAUAAUAUUGAGGCUUUAAGAAUAUCGAUUGGGGAAAGUUAUCCAUUCUUAUCAGUAUAAUUCUAUUUCAAUUUCUCAUAUAUUGGAAAUUAUACUGCUACAUGAGAUAAACCUAAAACAGUAGCUCCAAGACCUUUAUAUAAAGCUAAGAAGCCUUCCUAAAAACUAAAUAAAUUGAUUACUUCUCUAUAUAAACUAAUCAAUCCUUUAAAAACACUUGUAUAUUUUGGAUUAUUAUGAUCAUGCAAGUAUUAUGUUUACAUUCUAGUUCUGAUUAGCUUUAAAUAUGAGUUAAUUUGAUUGAUAUACCCAUAAA